AUGCCUUCAACUGCAGGCCUCGUGAAUGAGGACACACUCAUCACCAUCAAGAUCUCGUUCGACGAUUCUAUCAAGAGACUCAAGUUGCCCCUCAAGGACCUGGGUGCAAACACGCUUCCUAUCAAGCUCCGCAACCUUCUCUGCAUCGCCCCUGACCAGGCUGUGAUCUUCGAGCGCUAUUCCGACUCGGCUGCCGGCUAUGUCGUUCUCGACGAGUCCAACCCUGCUGUCUUCAAGACUCUCAUCCGUGCUGCCAAGGCCAAGCUGAAGCUCAAGCUGAGAGCUUCUGCCCCCAAGGUCGAUGCUCCUGCUUCGGAGCCAUCUAUCGCUCCCUCGUCCUCUGCCGCUGCUGACAGGACUGCCACCGCCCUUGACCAGCACUCUAUUGGUCCUGGCAUCUUCGAGUUCCGUGAGGCACUCGGCUCUAUGAAGAAGACGGACAUUGAAGCUCCUCUCCCUCGUCCCUUUGACUUCACAUCAAACUCGACCGCUCAGGGUCCCAAACACGUCCUGCCACUCCGUGUUGCACAGUCAGCACAUGUCACCAAGGGACCAUGGACUAUCUUCUGCAACGCUUGCGAUAAGAUCAUGUACAACACUCACUACCAUUGUGGCACCUGCGAAGGUGGCGACUACGAUCUCUGUGAGACCUGCAUCGAGCAGGGCACCACCUGCCUCGGAGAAGGUCACUGGUUGGUUAAGCGCUCCAUCCAAGAUGGCAAGCUUGUCAGCAGUACCACCGAGCGCGUUGCUCCCAAGCCUAAGACGUCCACUGCAUCUGCUCCUGCACCUGCACCUUCACCCAAGCCUGAUACUGUCAAGGAAGUCCCUGAAGCUUUCACCAACGACAUCAAGACCUUGUCCGAGUCGUCCCGCACUUGCAAUGCUUGUGUCGUGACCCUUCCUGACCACGACUUCGUCACGUGUGUGCAAUGUGACGACUACGACCUUUGCUUGAGCUGCCACAUGCUCAACACACACGGUCAUCACCCUGCUCACCACUUCAAACCUGCCAUCGAUGGUGCUGCCCUCUCCCUCGCCCAAGAGGCUCUUCUUCCCGCUGGCCGCAACUUUAGACACACCGCCAUCUGCGAUGGUUGCGACAAGAUGAUUCAUGGUGUGCGCCACAAGUGCUUCGACUGCCCUGACUUUGACUACUGCAGCGAGUGCCACAAGAACGCUCGUCACACUCACCCUCGUCACCGCUUCGCCGCCAUCUACGAGCAGUUCAAGGGCCGUCCCACCUCGUCCGUUACUCACCAUGGCAUCUAUUGCGACGGUCCUCUUUGCAAGGGCAACUCGCAGCAGUCUUACAUUCACGGCGUGCGCUACAAGUGCGUCGUCUGCCACGACACAGACUUCUGCCAGAAUUGCGAGGCUUUGCCUACUGCUUUCCACAACAAGACUCAUCCUCUGGUCAAGUUCAAGACCCCUGUCAACCACUUGACUAUCUCGACCGAGAGCGAGACUCAGCAUGGAGUGCGCAAGCUCGGCGACCGUGACCCUUCUCGCAACAUGAACACUCCUGUCAUGUCUAGCCGCAGGCAGUCAACCAAUGUCACUGCUCCAGUCAAGACUGUCGCUGACAUUAAGCCGUCGCCUCAGCCCGAGGAGAAGGUGUUGGACGAGAAGAAGGUCGAGGAGAAGACACCGAUCUCUGAGCCAGUUGUGGCGACUCUCAAGCCCAAGACUCCUACACGUCUGCCCGAGGCCGUCUUCGUCGGUGACCGUGUCCCUGACGGCACCGUCAUUGCUCCUAAUGCUCGAUUCGUUCAAUCUUGGGUUCUCCGCAACCCCGGGCCCCUCUCUUGGCCUGCCGGAUGCAGUGUCCGCUUCGUUGGUGGUGACAACAUGCUCAACAUCGACAACACCCGUGUCGCCGCCGGCGCCGAGGCUAGCGAGAGCAACGUUGUCGGUCGUGAAGUUUUGCCUGGUGAGCAGUUCCCCUUUACUGUGAUGAUGAAGGCUCCUGCUCGCGAAGGAAAGUGCAUCAGCUACUGGCGUCUCAAGUCUGCUGAUGGUACGCCUUUUGGCCACAAACUCUGGUGUGACAUUGAAGUCAGACAAGCACCAUCGAUGGCCACUGAAACUGCAGCUGUGCCUCGUUCUGCUGCCAGUGUUCAGUCUUCGUCUCAGGCACAAAGCUACUAUGCUCUGUACAAGGAGCGCAUGAACGCUCUAAAGACACACCUUGACCAGACUAACGCAGUCUCCGCUGCUGCAUCAAACGCUGUCUCGCAAGAGGCUCAGAAGUCCGCCAGUGAACAGACGACCGAAGUCACCAAGACCCCAGCCGAGGUUAAGGUCGAAGUUCCCGAGUCAGAGCAUGGCGAGGAGGAGUUGAAGGGCAGCCAAAUGGUUUUCCCUACCCUGGACAAGGAGAGCCCCACCAGCUCAACCUACCAAUCCUUCAGCGGUUCGGGCAUGAGCAAGAAGGCACACGACAAGACCGAACAGGCCUCCCAGACCUCUGAGGUUGCUGACAGUGUUGCCAGUGACGACGAGGGCUUCGAAGACAUUAGCGAUGACCUCGAAGUGCUCAGCGCCAACGAAGACGAGGACGAGACCGAGGAUGAUGGUUUCCUUACUGAUGAUGAUUACGACAUUCUUGACGCCAGCGACCAAGAGACCGUUGCAUCGAUGAAGUAA